GCGGGGAAGCUCAUUUGAUGCGGGGACGAAUGACGUAGUUCUCGGUUGCCUGAGUCAAGGACUGCGACUGCGUGAAAGGGAUACAGUGACAGAAAAGCCGGCGCCAUGAAUAUCAGGAACGCACGGCCUGAAGAUCUCAUGAAUAUGCAGCACUGCAACCUGCUGUGUCUGCCUGAGAAUUACCAGAUGAAGUAUUACUUUUAUCAUGGCCUUUCUUGGCCACAGCUGUCCUAUAUUGCAGAAGAUGAAAAUGGGAAAAUUGUUGGAUAUGUCCUGGCAAAAAUGGAAGAAGAUCCGGAUGAUGUUCCACAUGGACACAUAACCUCUCUGGCUGUAAAACGCUCUCACAGGCGGCUUGGCCUUGCCCAGAAGCUAAUGGACCAGGCCUCACGUGCAAUGAUUGAAAACUUUAAUGCCAAAUAUGUAUCUUUGCAUGUUAGAAAAAGCAACCGAGCGGCACUGCAUCUUUAUUCAAACACUUUAAAUUUUCAAAUCAGCGAGGUUGAGCCUAAAUACUAUGCUGAUGGGGAAGAUGCAUAUGCCAUGAAACGAGACCUUACUCAAAUGGCUGAUGAGCAGUUGAGAAAACAGCUUGAAAUAAAAGAGAAGAGCCGCCCACUGAGCUCCAUAGAAAAUAAAUCUGAUAACCGUUCUGGACAUGUAGGAGACUGCUGUCGGGAUGAGAAAUGCAUGGGGAGUUCCGGCAAACGGGACCUCACAGAGGACAGUGGAGAUAGCAAGGAUGUAAGUGAAGUCAGUGAGGCAACAGAGAGCACUGAUGUCAAGGACAGUUCAGAGGCUUCAGACUCUGCCUCAUAAAUGAGGCUUCGACAUAAAACUACUCAAACCCUUUCCUGUACUCAGUCUGCCCCUGCAAAUUUGGAUCAAGAGGUGCCUGCCUGUCACUUAUCAAGGUUCUGAAAGUGUCUGUUUUUCUGAAUUAACCUGCUGAAGUUGUGUAAUGUAGGACUGGCCAUCCUAUGGUACUCCAGCAGAAUUACAGCCCCCUUCAGGUUAUGGAAGGUGGGAAUAGCAGUUUUGCCAGAGAUGCAGUGCCAUAGGUUAAUAUCUGUCUUGGCACAACCGGGCACCAAAGCUAUUUUAUAAUGGACAUUUCUUUAUAGGUGAAGGUUGAGUUUUUCAACUGGUCCCCUUAUACACCAUUUUAUUUACAUUAAGUUAAAAACAUUUAUGAACUUCAACAUUGACUCCUUGUUUGUGUCUGCUUUUUUAUGGUUCCUGCUGUCAUAAUAUUGACCGAGAUUCAAACCUUAGAGAUUUUUACCCUUCCAUCUGUUAAUGUUAUGCAACAUCUAUGCGCAGGGCUAUCAAACCUUCCGUUCUACAGCUGUUAAACCUACUAGUAACCAGUGCCAAAUAAAGACACUAGUUCAGCAACUGUAGGACAGCAGGUUUGCCUACUAGUGCCAGUAUGUGACCCUUGUGGCAGGCAUCAGCUGAUAACAAAACUGCCAGCUAACAGCAUCACAUUCCCCAUAUUCCAGAAUCCAUUGUAACACACUGGCAUAUGAAAAAGUUGGAAUAUACAGAUCGGGCUAAACAGUUGGGCAAUUGGGUUCUGCUUGGCUGACUAUUCUGAUGCUGACUACUGGAACAUUUAAUGGUGAUCACUACUUGCUGCAAAAUAAUGAAAAACUGCUUACUUCAAUUCUUAAACCUUACCUUGUUAAUUUUUGGGGAAUGGUAAGUGUGCAAUAAAUGAUCAUUUUGAUUUG